AUGAACAUCGUGCUGAUGAACACAGGGGGCCGCAGGGUUAAGUUUGUUCAAGAGUUCGACUGGGUGUUAUUGCGCAUUGGAAAACUGCACUUGGAAAUGAACAUGGCGAAGUCAUUCACUAGCCUUUACUGGGAUGUGUUCAUGUGUGAUCUGGCCAAAGAGUUGGGGUUUAAUUCUGAAGCAGCUCAGAAGUUUGUCAAAAAAUGCUCUGAUCAUCACAAAACAAUGUCUAUUUUGAAAGUGGCCCACCUUGGAUUCUGGUAUGAACUUCUUGUACCUUAUGUGCGUAGCCGCCUUGCAUCUGGGACAGCCCUGUCAGUAAAUGACUUUUUGUAUGACUGGUUAGUUAAAGUUGGUUGGACCCAGCCCAACUACAGGUACAUCUUUAACACUACCUGGACAUACUUAAUGGGAAUCAAUUUACUUCAUGUGGGUGUCAGAAGGAACAAUGCAGAGUAUAUUCGAGCUGGGCAUAUGGCCUUUGCUCCGCUGUUCCAUAGAAAUGGUGUUUCCAAAUAUGCGCUCAUAGACUUGCAUGACAGGUUAGUAAUGACUGCUACAUUUUAUUGGUACAGUGGUUUUCUUGCUAGCUGAGCUUUCAAAAGAAGUAAGAAAUAAAACUCUCACACGCUGAAUGCGGAAUGGGUACAAUGUCAUGCCAGAUCAGCAGGUUUCAUGCUUUGCCAAUAAAAUUAAUGGUUGCUGCAUUCUUGUGUGACAGGCAAACUACAUUCAGUGUUCAAGAAUGACAUCUUCCUCAUUUUAGAAAAGCAUGCAUAAUAGUAUUUUAUGUUUGAAUUUAUGAGCCAUGUAUAAAAUAUAUGAAAAUAUUUGCACCACGUUAGGCUUGGGUUAGUUGAAAAAACUUAGUAACUUCCCUCCUUAACUAGAUAAUAAAAUUAUUAUUGCAAUCAUUUAUAACUUCUCUAUAAGUUUUCUAUGGAAACAUUGGCAGUUUUUUCUAUAAUUCCUUGAAUAAAACUAACAUGUAACCUCGAAAUAUUUAAGACCCUUCUUGAGAUUGUGGCAGUUCCAAUGAGUGUGCUAUUAUUUUCUUUGAUUCUUAGUGUGGAUAGAGCUUCAUUUCCCCAGAGCUUGCUGAAUUUGUCUCCAGGACUGAAUCAAUAAGCACGCCUGGAAAUCCUAGCAAAGGAGAGUGUAUGGAUGCAAACCUCGAGGAGGUUAACAAAGAUUCAAAAGUCUGGCAGCAUGGUGUCAUGACAGCAAUUGACUGGCUGAGAAUAUUUAGGAAUCUUGGCAAGUUAACCAAAGUAAGCAUUGUCAUAGAUAUACUAUUACCUCUUAAGGUGAAUAUAUAAUUUAUGUGAUCGAUUUAAUUUCAAUCUAACAUGAUGCAUUGUCUCAACAGAGUAAUAAUUUGGUUGUGUAUGAAACAAGCAAACCUUUGCUAAAAUGCUAAUUAUAAGAUAUUAAUACAUGUUUUUUUCUUUGGUUUGAAAUUUCUUCUAGACCAAUUUCAUUUUUUUUUUUUUUAGUCUGAAAUUCAUUUUAAUAAUCUCAGACAAAGGGAAACGAAGAUGAAACUUCAAACCAAAGAAAAAUUUGAACCACAACAUAUUAUAUGUAUAACCCUGUAAUGAACUCUGAAAUGGAGCUGUAAAAUAUUAGCUUCUGCCACAAGCAGUAUGUAACUGUCAUUACUUGUUGUGGAAAUUUCAGUUACAAUAAGUAAUAACUAAUUCUCCUUCUGUAGGUACGAGAGUGGCUGUUAUGCUUGAUUGGGAUGAAUGAUCCAAAGCAAGAUGCUGGUGUGUCAAGAAAGAGGUAUGACUUCAAGGAAGAAGUUCUUGCAUGGAGAAUCAAACUUCGAAGAGAGAGGUAAGCUGAUUUCACCUACAUUUAUGUCAGUAACAAGUUAUAGUAGCUUGCAUCCAUGCAGCUAUAUUAUGGAUGGACUACAGUGUUUAUGGUAUAUAAUACUUUUCUCAAGAUUUGAAAAUGACUAAACUGAGACAUUACAGCCACAACAGACUAUCUUUGGUAUUUAUCAGUCAGGGGUUUCAAUAACAUUUAUUUCAGAUGGGUAGAUGAAACAUAGCAAGCAGGUAGAUUGAUAUUUUAAUUGGAGGGGCUGAAGGCCCUCCCAAGUAGGGGAGGUCUGGGGGCAUGCUCCACUGGAAAAUUUUGAAAUUCAUUACUCGGAGAUGCAUUUUCCUGCAUUCUGGGGCGAUAUUAGAGGCUCCCUGCUUUAUUAAACAGGGAUCCAUUUUCAAUAAAUUUUAGGACAUAUUAGCAUGAAUUCCUGUACUGAGCUGUAUUUUAUUUUAAACCAAUCAAACGGUCUUCUUCUUCGUCACAGGCGGGUAGUUCUACCUGCUACCCGGCUAUUAUUGAAACCCCUGUAUCCGUGUUGUGUUCUUAGGCAAGACACAUUACUCUCACAGUGUCUCUCUCCUCCCCGGGGUAUAAAUGGGUACCAGUGACAGUAAUGUUGGGGGAUAACCUGUGAUGGACCAGCAUCCCAUCCAGGGGGGAGUAGAAAUACUCCUAGUUGCUUCAUGCUGCAGCCUGAUGGGCCACUGGGCUCAUAAGCAGACUUUACCUUACCUUACCGUACCUUUGGUAUCAAUUUUGGCCACCUAAACCCUCCUAGUGAAGCCAGUAUAUCAAGGCUUUAAAUGUUGGCCUGACAAAAUCAACUGGCCACAUUCCAAUGUAAUUCUUCUUGUUUGCUUAGGUUUUUUUUGUUAUUAUUUAAAUCUGAAAUUUUCCUUUGUAGUCAUGUUGUAGUUUAACUUUUUCUGUGGUUUGAAAUUUUUUGAAUAUCAUUUUCAUUUUUCUUUGUCUGAGAUUAUGAUAAUGAAUCUCACACAAUGGAAAAUAAGAAUGAAACUGGUUUGAAAAAUUUAAAAGCCAAAGAAAAGUUUGAAACAAAACAUAAAUAAUAUGGUGUAAUAUAUUAAUACAUUACAUAUAAUUAUGUUGUAGUUAAUUUUUAUUUCCAGUUAAAUUUUAUUUUCCGUUGUUUUUAUGUAUGGUAAUGUAUGAUAAUGAGUUUGAAACAAAGGAAAAAUACGGUUUAACUGGAAAUAAAAAACUCAACAUACACUUAUAUUUAUCAUUAUGUGUAUGUGUCCUGAUUUUGUUUCAAUGCUGAAUUUUUAAAGGUAUUUUGUAAGAAGCCCCAACCAGCACGUUUCCUUAGUGGUACAGUUCUGGACAAACACCUUCUGGAGAUGGAUGACACUCUGAAGGAAAACAGAAGAAAGUUGUUACUCAAACACUUUGUGCAAGGAAAGCCAAGAACUGAUGUUCGAGUAACAACUGUGUAUACAACUGAAGAAGACCGAAUUCAGGGGGAGGACAUAAAUAAUGCUACUAAAUCAGAGAUUCUCGAGAGAGCAGAGGAGAAAAUUAAUCUUGUUUCGGAUGAAGACAUCAAGGAUGUGCUUCAAAAUAAGAUGAAUGAACUUAAGAGGAAACAGUCCUCUUUAAAAAAAGAAGUCCUCCUCUCUUUCUUCUAUGAAGUGUGUGAAGAACUCAAUCAGGUUGUGGACAAUGAACAGGAAAUUUUAUUUGUGAAAGAUCAAGAUAAUGAUACAUUUAAUUGA